AUGACCAAAGGUCAGAUAUUUGAGACUUAUUGGGAAAUGAAGAAAGUGGUGUUGAGUCUAAACUUAUAUGAUGACAAAGCCAAGCAAAAGGCCAUGAAGGUAGCCUCUUCGGUUUCAGGAAUUAAUUCCAUUGCCAUGAAUAUGAAUGAGAAGAAAAUGACAGUGAUUGGAGAAAUGGAUCCUGUAAACAUCGUGGGGAAAUUGCGUAAGUAUUGGCACACGGAAAUAGACUUUAUUGGGCCACCGGAAGAGCCUAAGGCGCCUGAGCUAGAGAAGAAAGAAGAAAAAAAGAAGGAUGAAGCCGCCGUUAAAAUCGCCGAGCUCAUUAAGGCAAUAGAGUUGGGUGGUAGUUAUAAUUAUCCUUACAUGACUUCACACUACCAUCUUGAGAGUAUCGCAGAAGAGAACCCUAAUGCUUGUUGUGUUAUAUCUUAA